UUGUGGUAGUAGUAGGUAAUCGUAAAACAUAAUAACAUGGUCAUUUUUUUUCCCCACAUAGAGGUGAACAAAGAUAGUCGUCAAAGAUAGUUCCUGGCCGCUAGGUGGCGCGUUGUGUUUUAACGGCAGCGUCUGCGGCUCCCUCAUCAUCCAACAUGGCGCCGUCCGGGCCGACUUCAUCAUCUCCAGCUCCCUCAUCACUGGGCGGGGCCGCGGUGGGUCGGGCUGCCAGACGUUGGGCACUUCCGCCGGGCUCGGGUUUCCUUCGACUCGGCAUUUAAAUUGAGCUGCAGGACAUCAUCUGCUGCCACAUUCAGCACCGUGCUGUGGUAGUAAAUAACCAGCGCUAGCUUAACAGGUUUCUCCUUUUUUUUUUUUUUCCUGACUCGAUAACGACAGAAGUAAUUGCUGGUUUUGAAGAGGUUUGCUUUGUUGUUGUUGUUGUUGUUUUUUGCUGGGGAGCAGAUAGCGGGAGCAGCUGAACAAUACCGGGUGGCUGCGCUGUGACAGCGGCUCGGUGCAUCGUUUUUGGGAUUCCUCUGCUAGCUCCCGGACCAAGCUGAAUAGCGGUAACGUGAUGCUGUGUCGUAGCAGGAUGGUUUAGACUUUUCUUAACGUCGUUCGUUUGCUGAAACAGAUUAGUAAACAAAAACAAGCUGCUCGUCGGCUGUGGUGCAUGAAGUGGCCUGGACCUGGGAGGACCGAUGGACUGGAUGAUGAGAGUGAAUGGUCAGGUUUAAAUGUAGAUGACACAUUCACUGUAUCUGAGUUCGAGCUUCACCUCAGGACCUAAGACGCACAUUUGUUAACUCAAAGACUCAACAAGGUGAGACAAGCGUCCAGCUGAUCAACGAGCUGCGCCCAUCGGAGACUCGUCCGGUCCGGUCGUAAGCACCAGCCGCGAUGUUCAGCUGGCUCGGAACCGACGACAGGAGGAAGAAGGAGCCGGAGGUCUUCCAGACGGUCAGCGACGGGCUGAAGAAGCUCUACAAAACCAAGCUCCUGCCGCUGGAGGAGACCUACAAGUUCCACGAGUUCCACUCUCCGGCGCUGGAGGAUGCCGACUUCGACAACAAGCCCAUGGUCCUGCUGGUGGGCCAGUACUCCACCGGAAAGACGAGCUUCAUACGCUACCUGUUGGAGCAGGAUUUCCCUGGAAUGCGCAUCGGCCCCGAACCCACCACGGAUUCCUUCAUCGCGGUGAUGCACGGCGACACGGAAGGAGUCGUCCCCGGCAACGCUUUGGUGGUCGACCCCAAGAAGCCCUUCAGGAAGCUGAACGCUUUCGGGAACGCGUUCCUCAACAGGUUCGUGUGUGCCCAGCUUCCUAACCCGGUGCUGGAAAGCAUCAGCGUGAUCGACACGCCAGGGAUUCUGUCUGGAGAGAAACAGAGAAUCAGUCGAGGCUAUGACUUUGCAGCUGUCCUCGAGUGGUUUGCGGAGCGAGUGGACAGGAUCAUAUUACUGUUCGACGCCCACAAACUGGACAUCUCCGAUGAGUUCUCAGAGGUGAUAAAGGCUCUGAAGAACCACGAAGACAAGAUCAGAGUUGUGCUGAACAAGGCCGACCAGAUAGAGACCCAGCAGUUGAUGAGAGUGUAUGGAGCCCUGAUGUGGUCACUUGGGAAAAUAGUCAACACCCCAGAGGUGAUCCGCGUCUAUAUCGGCUCAUUUUGGUCCCAUCCGCUGUUGAUUCCCGAUAACAGGAAGCUGUUUGAAGCAGAGGAGCAGGACUUAUUCAAGGACAUCCAGUCCUUACCGAGAAAUGCGGCUCUAAGAAAGCUGAAUGACCUGAUCAAGAGGGCAAGACUAGCCAAGGUCCAUGCCUAUAUCAUCAGCUCACUGAAGAAAGAGAUGCCCUCUGUGUUUGGGAAGGAGAACAAGAAGAAGGAGCUGAUCGGCAGCCUGGGUGAUAUCUACAAACGCAUCGAAAGAGAGCAUCAGAUAUCACCGGGAGAUUUCCCUAAUCUGAAGAAGAUGCAGGAUCAGCUCCAAGCGCAAGAUCUCACCAGGUUCCAGCCUCUGAAACCUAAGCUCCUGGAGGCAGUCGAUGACAUGCUAGCCAAUGACAUCGCUGGCUUGAUGGUCCUGGUCCGGCAAGAGGAAAACCAGCGGCCCAACCAGGUAGUGAAGGGUGGCGCGUUCGACGGCACUCUGAACGGCCCGUUCGGCCACGGGUACGGCGAAGGAGCCGGCGAAGGCAUCGACGAGGCAGAGUGGGUGGUGGCGCGCGACAAACCCGCUUACGACGAGAUUUUCUACACGCUGUCCCCCGUCAACGGGAAGGUGACGGGAGCCAACGCCAAGAAGGAGAUGGUGAAGUCAAAACUGCCCAAUACAGUGCUGGGAAAGAUCUGGAAGCUGGCCGAUAUCGAUAAGGAUGGGAUGCUCGACGACGAGGAGUUUGCGUUGGCCAAUCACCUGAUCAAAGUGAAACUGGAGGGACAUGAACUGCCGUCAGAUCUGCCUGCACACCUGGUGCCUCCUUCCAAGAGGAAAAUAUCUGAAUAAAUGUAAGGUUCCCCAUCACCUGCCCUUAAAGCCUGUAAGUAGCCCUGUCCCCACCCCCAGAGGAUAUUAACCCUGAAAAGAGGAAUCAUCCUGUAGCAUUACAGCAAAAAAUAACUAAUAAGCAUUUUCAGUCCUGCUCUGUUGCUGUCAUCCUCAUGCUUUUACCCUCAAGUGGCAAAAUAGUGGCAAAAAUGCACAUAUUUUGUGCAAAAAAAAAAAAAAUAUAUAUAUAUUAAUUUGCCACCUCUGCAGGGUCUGCCUCCUUUUUAAUAGCUAUUCUAGUAAUAGUUUCCAAAGUAAAAGAGUGAGAGUAGUUGUUACAGACAGAUGGUGGAGAUGUGAGUACAGCAGAUGUGGUAAUCAACAAAACAAAGAAACACUGGAAUAUAAAAAAACAUAAGUUUAAACUACUGGAAUGAAAACAGGGGAGAUACAUGAAAGAAGAAAAAGACAUAUAUAUGCAAAAAAUAAAAGGCUCAUCCCCAGCCAUCUGUACUUAUGUUUAGACCCUCAGUAUUCAGUAUCAGUAUUUUUAUUAUUAUGUGUAUUCCCAAAUUACACUGCAGUAUUUUACUUGGCUGCCAAAACACUUCAGUCCUUGUACUUCAAAGACCUGCGUUAUUCUUGUCCUCCUGGCACGGCUGAGUGGUCUGGCUUUCGUUUCAUGGGGACACAUAAAACAAUGACAAAGAUUUCCUGGAAGGCGGCUUGAGGAUACACACACAAACAUAAAUGCGUAGAAGCAAAACACACGCAUGACAAAAUUAUUACCGGUUAUAAGGCUUGUAACCAAUUACACAGAUAAAAAAACAAAGGCUUCAAUGAAUGAAUAACUUCUUAACGUCGUUAAAGCUGGUGUGGAGGAUGGAGUGGAGUGGGUUUAUGACCUUCAGUGACCGCACACACCUGGAUCGACCUUUUGUGUCAAAGGAGGAAAAUGUUGAACGGGGAAACUAUUAAUGAUAAAUCUCUUUUUAUUAGUCUCAUUUCCACGUGACUGUGGUGACAUACCACGAAUGUGCCGACAAGCUCGGUGUAAAUGUGGGCUCUGUUCAUUUUAAUGUUUGGGCACAUCCUGACUGUUGUAUGUAUGCAUUUGACCACAUGUAUCGGUGUUAUUAUUUGUGACAUAUGUGUAUUCAGUCAUAAGAAUUACUCAAGCUACUGAGCAGGGACUUUUAAGACUGGGCCAUGGUAUUGGAAAUGUCUUAGUUACUUAGAAUACGUCGAUCUAUGCACCAGUCUGAUACCAGGUUUUUCUAGUGUAAUAGAUUGCUACAGUUUCGCUAGCUGCUGCUUACGCUACACUACCACAAAACAGUACUUAUUUUAAACAGUGUUUUCCCCAUAGUAGGGUAGCACAACUGGCUGUGUAGGCAGCUGUUUUGAUUUCUGGUAGGGUAACCAUAGCUACAGUUGGCUAAACACCAGCAAUAUUUUUCAGCAGACUAUCCCCCCAGAGGAAGGUUGGUGUUUGCAGCAUGCAAAGCUGUAGCUUGGAAGGGUGGCACCAGUGUUGCAACAGCACACAAGAGAGCACAAUGAUUACACCAAGGCAGAGGGGGACGUGAGGAGAAAUUUGAACUGGGAGGAAAAGAAAAUUAAAGAAAGACUGCUAACCUAGAAAGCUGCAGAAGAAACGGUUCGUGUCGGACAAAACCCUAAGUAGAAAAGGAAAUAAUAGUGAUCUAGAAAUCUUUAGUCGUUAAUUGAAAACUGAUCAUUGAUUCUUCUAAAAGUAACUACAUCAUAGUAACGCAGUGUAUUUGCUUUUUUGUGUGUUCACAAUAAUUGAUACGGUUUUAAAAUCUUUAUUUUAGUUUAUUUGAAUCUGGCUUUGUGUUUCGUGUUUUUUAAGUUGUAUUCAUGUGUUAAACAUAAUUCCUCUUCACAGUGUUUCUGAUAUUACUCUAGCGAUAUGCCAGUAUGUGUGUUCUUAAAACAUAUUUCACAUUUGUAUGGUGUGUUAACCAGUUAUGAGUCUAUGGUAAGAUAAAUACACUUGGCGAACUAUAACUGGAUCCCCACAUGGCAUCAAAUGUAAAGCAUGUGCUUCCUGAAUGAGGCAGUGUUCACGCCGAGCUGAUUGAAUAGACCUUUAUCCAGUUCAUGGCCGCUUUAUGCCGUUUCCUCAUACGUUUCUGUGCUGUUACUGUAAAUCACAUGUACAUAAGAAGACUGACUGCAUUCCUUGAACACAGAUCUAAAAAUCCUCCUGCACACUUUAAUGCAUCACUAACUCAUUAUUCACUGUUGAUCCCGAUCACAUAGUAAAAUGUGAAAAAAAAAAGAUGCCUGUUGAAUGUGGAUGCUCUGCAAAAUAACUAAUUUCCAAGUGGUUUUCAUGCCCUGACAGAUUGCGACGCUGAAGUCCUGUCGCGGUGGUGAACACGUUGGAUUAAGUGGAAACACUGGCGUUGUAGCGCUGUUUUCAAGAUGUAGAUGCGUUGCUUAAAUGUGUACUUUACUGCUUCUCUGUCAACAUAAACAGUCUAUAAUAAAAAUCAUAUAUUCAGCUUGA